AUGGAGCCAGCAGCAACAAAAAGUGGACAUUCGCGUUCUCAUUAUAUUGUGUACAUGGGAGAACACUCACAUUCCCACUCCCACCUCGCUUCAGAAUCUUUGAUUGAAGCUAAUCAUAAGAUACUUGCAUCAGUCACCGGAAGUUUCAAAGAAGCACAGGAUGUGGCACUUCACCAUUAUACUAAAAGCUUUAGGGGCUUCUCAGCCAUGCUUACACAAGAGCAAGCUCAGAAACUUGCAGAAACCAAUUCCGUUGUUUCUGUGUUUGAGAGUAGAGUGAAUAAGCUACACACAACACAUUCAUGGGACUUUCUAGGAGUAAACUCUCUUCAUCAAUAUAAUAACCAAUUGCCUAUGGCCUCAUCCCUGUCGGAUAUUAUUGUUGGUGUCAUUGACACUGGAGUUUGGCCUGAGUCAGAAAGCUUCAGUGACAGAGGGUUAGGUCCUGUGCCUGUGAAAUUCAAGGGAACAUGUGUUCCUGGUGAAAAAUUUUCAUCAGCUAACUGCAACAGAAAAAUCAUUGGAGCUCGGUUCUACUACAAAGGAUUUGAAGCAGAAAAUGGGCCUCUUGAAUCUUUUGGGGCUACUUUCUUUCGAUCAGCUCGAGACAGUGAUGGACAUGGAUCCCACACUGCUUCAACUAUAGGUGGAAAUGUGGUGCCUAAUGCUAGCCUGUUUGGGAUGGCCAGAGGCACUGCAAGAGGUGGGGCACCAAAUGCAAGACUUGCAAUCUACAAGGCUUGUUGGUUCAACCUAUGUAGUGAUGCAGAUGUUCUUGCUGCUAUGGAUGAUGCAACUAAUGAUGGAGUUGAUAUCCUCUCCCUUUCCCUUGGUCCUGACCCUCCUCAGCCUAUUUACUUUGAAAAUGCUAUUUCUGUUGGAGCUUUCCAUGCAUUCAGGAAUGGAGUACUUGUUUCUUGUUCAGCAGGGAACUCAUUUUUCCCAGGAACUGCAACCAAUGUUGCUCCUUGGAUCCUCACUGUUGCAGCUAGCUCUCUGGACCGGGAAUUCAACUCGAAUGUAUAUCUUGGAAAUUCAAUAGUUGUGAAGGGUUUCUCUUUAAAUCCUCUGAAAAUGGAAACCUCAUAUGGUUUAAUAUUUGGAAGUGAUGCAGCUGCACCAGGGAUUCCAGCUAAGAAUGCAAGCUUUUGCAAGAAUAAUACUCUAGACAAUACCAAGAUUAAGGGGAAGAUCGUGGUGUGCACAAUUGAGGUUGUGAAGGAUAACCGAAGAGAGAAAGCUCUAUCUAUACAACAAGGGGGUGGUGUUGGAAUGAUACUGAUUGAUCCAUUAGUUAAAGAAGUCGGAUUUCAGUUUGUAAUCCCGGCCACUUUAAUCGGUCAGGAAGAAGCACAACAGCUUCAAGCAUACAUGAAGAGAGAAAAGUACCCGACUGCAAGGAUUGCCCCAACAAUAACAGUCCUGAACACUAGACCUGCACCAGAAAUGGCUGUGUUUUCUUCCCAGGGACCAAAUAUUAUAACUCCAGAUAUUAUUAAGCCGGACAUUACAGCACCAGGUCUGAAUAUUUUAGCAGCAUGGUCUCCAGUAGCAGCUGAUGUCACAGGUGGACGACCAGUCAAUUAUAACAUAAUCUCUGGCACCUCUAUGUCUUGCCCCCAUGUUGCAGCAGUUGCUGCAAUCUUAAAAUCUUACCAACCUUCCUGGAGUCCAGCAGCAAUAACGUCUGCAAUAAUGACAACAGCUACAAUCAUGGAUAACACUGGAAAACCGAUCAAAAGAGAGCCAAAUGGCGCCCUGACUACCCCUUUUGACUAUGGAUCUGGACAAGUAAAUCCAAUAGCGGCUCUGAAUCCUGGAUUAGUUUAUGACUUCAGUCCCAAUGAUGUUAUUAAUUUCCUCUGCAGUACUGGUGCAAGCCCUGCACAAUUAAAAAACCUUACAGGACAGCCAACUUAUUGCCAGAAGCCUACAAUACAAUCCUAUGAUUUCAACUACCCUUCAAUCAGCGUGUCGAACAUGCGUGGAAGUGUUUCAGUCCUUAGAACAGUUACUUAUUAUGGUAAAGGACCAACUACUUACACUGCCAGUGUAGAUUACCCUGCUGGUGUUAAAGUUACAGUUACACCUGCUGCACUCAAGUUUACAAGGACAGGAGAGAAAAUGUCUUUCAGGAUAGAUUUUACACCUCUCAAGACAAGUAAUGGGAAUUUCGUAUUUGGGGCUUUGAUAUGGAGCAAUGGUAUCCAUAAGGUUAGGAGUCCUAUUGGACUCAAUGUGCUUUCUUUGUAGAAGAAACAAGUGAUGCAUUGAAGUUGUUCUUCAGCUUGGAUUCAAUUGUACUCUCGCGUCGUAAGGCUCCAAUUAUCC